GCUCAGCUCCACAGACCUCCGUGAAGGCAUCAACAGCUCCCAUCCCUCCAACGUCGCUGGAGAAGCCGCAGCCUGAUGGUGAGCCGAAGGAGUUGGGGGCGGAGCAGGGGGCGGAUGGGGCGGUGGGGAGACCUGGGGCCUGGAUCAGUGCCCCUCCUCCCUAUGCCACUGCCCCCGCCUCCUCCUCCUCCUCCAUGCCGGGGACCUGGGGGAGGAAGGAUCUCCGUCUUCUCUCUGUCCUCUGCCCCUCAUACAAGAAGCUCCUCCUCUUCAUUUUGCCCACCCACCCUGGGAUCUCCCUGCUCACUGCGGCAAGGGACAGGAGCUUCUCAGCCUUGUCACAGUGCUCUCCCCACCUCAGCCACGCCCCCAACACAGGCAGGGCCCGCAGUGACACCUGCCUCUGCCUCCCCCUCCUGGGGAUCCCAUUCCACCCCACCUUCCGCACACCGGUGCCCCCAGGACCCUCCUGGGCUGCGGAUAGGCCCUCUAAUCCCUGAGCAGGAUUAUGAGCGACUGGAGGACUGUGACCCUGAGGGGUCCCAAGACUCCCACUUCCAUGGGGAGGAACAGCAACCUCUGCUUCAUGUGCCCGAAGGGCUCCGGGGCUCCUGGCAUCACAUCCAGAACCUGGACAGCUUCUUCACCAAGAUCUACAGCUACCACCAGCGGAAUGGCUUUACCUGUAUCCUGUUGGAGGAUAUCUUCCAGCUGGGACAGUUCAUUUUCAUUGUCACCUUCACAACCUUCCUUCUUCGCUGCGUGGAUUACAACAUUCUCUUCGCCAACCAACCAAAUAACCGUACCAGACCUGGGCCAUUCCCCAGCAAAGUGACCUUGUCUGAUGCCAUCCUACCCUCAGCCCAGUGUGCUGAGAGGAUCCGCUCCAGCCCUCUCCUGGUCCUCCUCUUGGUCCUGGCUGCAGGCUUCUGGCUGGUCCAGCUGCUUCGCUCAGUCUGCAACCUCUUCAGCUACUGGGACAUCCGAGUGUUUUACAGGGAGGCCCUCCACAUCCCCCCGGAGGAGCUCAGCUCUGUGCCCUGGGCGGAGGUGCAGUCCCGCCUCCUGGCGCUGCAGCAGAGUGGGGGGCUGUGCGUGCAGCCACGGCCGCUGACGGAGCUGGACGUCCACCACCGCAUCCUGCGCUACACCAACUACCAGGUGGCAUUGGCCAACAAGGGCCUGCUGCCCGCCCGCUGUCCUCUGCCCUGGGGAGGCAGCGCUGCCUUCCUCAGUCGCGGCCUGGCGUUCAAUGUCGACCUGCUGUUUUUCCGAGGACCCUUCUCGCUCUUCCGUGGGGGCUGGGAGCUGCCCGACGCCUACAAGCGCAGCGACCAUAGGGGCGUCCUGGCCGCGCGCUGGAGGCGCACGGUGCUGCUGCUGGCCGCCCUGAACCUGGCGCUGAGCCCAUUGGUGCUGGCUUGGCAGGUGCUGCAUGCCUUCUAUAGCCACGUGGAGCUGCUGCGGCGCGAACCCGGCGCACUUGGGGCGCGCCGCUGGUCCCGCCUGGCGCGCCUGCAGCUGCGCCACUUCAAUGAGCUACCACAUGAGCUGCGCGCGCGCCUGGCCCGCGCCUACCGCCCUGCCACCGCCUUCCUGUGCGCCGCCGCGCCCCCCGCGCCUCUGCGCGCGCUGCUGGCCCGCCAGCUGGUUUUCUUCGCCGGCGCGCUCUUUGCUGCGCUGCUUGUGCUCACGGUCUACGAUGAGGACGUGCUUGCCGUGGAGCACGUGCUCACCGCCAUGACGGUGCUCGGGGUCACGGCUACCGUGGCCAGGUCUUUCAUUCCAGAGGAGCAGUGCCAGGGUCGUGCUCCGCAGCUCCUGCUGCAGGCAGCACUGGCCCACAUGCACUACCUCCCAGAGGAGCCCGGUCCUGGCGGCAGGGCCAGCGCGUACCGGCAGAUGGCGCAGCUGUUACAAUACCGAGCGGUCUCCCUCCUGGAGGAGCUCCUGUCCCCCCUCCUCACACCGUUAUUUCUGCUUUUCUGGUUCCGCCCUCGUUCCCUGGAGAUUAUUGACUUUUUUCAUCACUUCACUGUGGAUGUAGCUGGAGUUGGAGACAUCUGUUCUUUUGCCCUUAUGGAUGUGAAGCGCCAUGGCCAUCCUCAGUGGCUCUCAGCGGGACAGACAGAGGCCUCGCUGUCUCAGCGAGCAGAGGAUGGCAAGACUGAGCUCUCUUUGAUGCGGUUCUCCCUGGCACAUCCGCUAUGGCGGCCCCCAGGGCACAGCUCUAAGUUCCUUGGGCACCUUCGGGGCCGGGUACAACAAGAUGCAGCUGCCUGGGGCGCCACCUCAGCUCGCAGCCCUCCCACCCCUGGGGUGCUCAGCAACUGCACCUCACCUCUGCCGGAGGCCUUCCUGGCCAACCUCUUGGUGAACCCCCUCCUGCCCCCAAGAGACCUGAGCCCCACAGCCCCCUGUCCAGCUGCAGCCACAGCCAGCCUCCUUGCCUCCCUUUCCCGCAUUGCUCAGGACCCCAGCUGUGUGUCCCCAGGAGGCACUGGAGGCCAGAAGCUGGCCCAGCUGCCAGAGCUUGCUUCUGCUGAGAUGAGCCUCCAUGCCAUCUACCUGCACCAGCUUCAUCAGCAGCAACAGCAGGAACUGUGGGGGGAGGCAUCAGCCUCUGCCCUAUCCAGGCCCUGCUCCAGCACCUCGCAGCCACCCUCACCUGAUGAAGAGAAGCCUUCCUGGUCAAGUGAUGGUUCCAGCCCUGCCUCCAGCCCUAGACAGCAAUGGGGAACCCAGAGGACCAGGAAUCUGUUCCGUGGAGGGUUUCAGGGGACCACAGACGCCAAGAAGGAGCCUGGCCAGGCCCAUGGCACUGACUGAGAGAACUACACAGGGCUCCUGGCUUCUGAAGCCACAGGAGAUUGGACAGGAUGGAGUGGAAGGAUACACGGAGCCAUCUUUAGAGGCCUCCCCACAUACAACAGGCCCAGGAUGCAGGAUCUGGGGGUCAGUGAGGAACUCGCCCCUGAGAAGAGAGAAAGGGUAGGAGAGGAGAUGCUGAUGGCAUCUGGAAACAAGUCUGAGAGAUGGUCCUCUCAUGGAGGGGAUAAGAGGACACAUUCCCAACUAGCUGUCACAGAGCAGCUGCCUGGGAAGAAGUCCCUGAGUAUAUAUUCUCAAGGUGGAUCUCAAGAUAAAUUUAAGGAAAACAAUAAGGCAUGUGAUCUGAAAGGCAGUGGAUUGUUCAUGCUGGCCUUGCUUUCAUCUUCCCAUGGGACUUGAUGGAGGAUGGGGACUUGUGAGUGGAUAGACCAGAGAGGGCUGAUGUUUUUAGACUUCAGCGUUGGUGUGAUGUCUGAGGAAGCGGGUGUGGCACCUCAUCCUGUAUGACAUAAGCAGUAAAGAUUGUUC